ACGUCUUGGGAAGUGUAUAUAAAAAAAUGGUGAUUAUUUGGGUGUAGUCGGGGGCUAUUUUUCGCCAGUAUAAAUGUGAGUAAAAACGUGUGGCGCCGGGAAAACGAGUUAAGAGAGGGGACAUAUUGUAUUGGUUUGUUAGUCGUCGACGGUGUAUGUGGACGCGUGUGUGUACUGUGAGCCGUCUCGCCGGGAAUACACGGGAGAAUCGUUGCAGGCUCACUCAAUUGUAUAUGUAGUCUGUGCUCCAUAGUUUUAUCGUGUCUUUCGUGUUAAGUUUCUCAAAGUUUUUCAGGACUUUCACUGCUAGCUGGAUCAUAAUUUAUGACUAUUCCUUGAUGAAUUAUCAUGAGAGAUUGCAGCAACGUGAAAGCUUUUCGAGAUACGCUGACGCUGAAGAAUUUGAGUUUUAGUUUUUUUUCUAAUUGUUGGGAGACAUUUUUAUUAAUAGUCAAUUUUGAUUAAUUAAUUUAUUUAACUAUAGAAUACGUCAUUCCGGUCAAUGAUGAUAUUAGUUUAUAGUUAUAUCAAAUAUUUUGGUAGAUUUUAAUAGAUGUACAAGACUUGAAGUAAAGCUCCGUGACAGAAAAAAAAUAAAUAAAACUAAAGUGAAAUGAGUGAAGGUUAUAAGUGUGAAGAUACAUUUUAUUUAAAAAAUACUGACAUUUAAGCUGGAAGCUUUAAAACAAUUAAAUUGACACUGUCUCUGACAUAAAUUUCAUACAGAUGAAAAUAAAUUAAGAGCUGAACAAAUAUAAAAUAAUAAUAUAUGUAAUUUAUUAAUUAUUAAGAACAGUGUUGCUGAAGGCUGUGACAAACUGUCUAUUCAAGUAUACGAUUGAUUUUCGUGCAAUGCCGAGAUGUUGCAAUGAGAAUAAAAUAGUGAGUCCUGUAAGCACGAAUAAUAAAGUGGAGACCAACGGUGAUAACAUUUUACUCACAUCAACCCGUGCAUAUCCUAUUAGUAAUACUAAUGCACUUGAUAUUGAUGAUGAUAAUAAUCAUCCAAUUGUAGAAAAAUCACAUCGAAGAUUACGUUGUGACUUGAGUCCAGUACCGACUAAUUCUUCUAGUCGUUUAAAUAUCAAACUUCUCAAUUUAAAGACUGAGCGAGGACAUCGUCAAGAACAUUACCAGGUGGGCACAGGUAGUGGAGGGUGUAGAGGACGAGAAAAGGAAUCGAAAAAGAGAGCAGCUAUAGGCAACGUAGUGCGAGGGUUAUUUCCAUCUGGCCAUUCCAGACAGGACAGGUAUGAAGCAAGUAGGCAACGUACGUCAGGCGGAGCUAGUGUUGGCCUGUCUGGUUUAUGUCCAAAGCUGGUGGCCAGUGGUGCCGGAAGUAGUCAAGGAGGAAUUGGGCUCGGUGUGGGUCAUAUAGCCUCACAAGAGACCGGAGGAACUUGUGGUAUUGUUAAUACACAGAAGACUCACAAUAAUAGUCACCAUAAUCGUCGUCAGCGUAAAUUAUCUAUUAUUAAUCAAGUGGGAUCAAGUGCUAGUAGUAAAACAUCGUCAACGACUCGUUCAUUGACAAAUGUUAGCAAAAAACAACAACGUAAUCAAAGUGACAGUAGUGUUGAUUCGACGUCGAUAACGAGUAAUGGAGUGGUGUUUGGUGGCUCACCAUCGCCAAAAAAGAAAAGUAACUCUAGUAGCAUUUCUGAUGCAUCUUGUUCAUCACAAAGUUUGCACUUAAUUACUAGAGAUUACAGUAGCUGCGACACUGCCUGCAGUGAUGCUGAGGAGGUAGUUGAAAUUAUGUCGAGAGUAUCAGGUAUUGAUUCAAUAUCUAUUAUACCAGAUGGUAAAGUUAAAUCUAAUAAAUUAAAGGAUGAUAAUGAUAAGACUGCUGAAAAUAAUCCACUAGUCGAGACUGAGUCGGUGUGCAAUGAUGAUAAUACUUGUAAAAAAUCAUUGCACGAGACACAAGAUGCGCCUGAAAAUUCUAAAAUUAUUACAGCAUCCGUUAAAAAAGUAUCACAAAAAAGUUUGGAUGUUGAUAAUUCAAGUCAUGUUAAAAAACGAUCAAUGAUGCGGUCAUCGAGUCAUCCUAGAUCUAUGGAUAAUUUUGAUAAACACCAGUCAUCAAGUGGAACUAAAUCAGAAGAACGUUCAAGAAAAACGUCUAAAGAUUCGGGAGUGGAUUCUGGAGAGAAGAAAAAAAAUUCUAGUGAUUCAGUGUCGCAAAUACCUAAGAGAAAAAUUUCAACAGAGUCUACUGAAAAUAGUGAUUCAAUUAAUAGGAAAAAUUCAACUAAAACAAUUAUUGAUAGUGAAAAUGAUACAGUAAGUGCAGGGGAUAAUAAUGAAAAGUCAAAAUUAGAGAAAAUAAAAAAUACGAGAUUUAUAACAUCUAAAGUUACUGAAGAAUCAACGAUAUCGGAAAAUAAAGAACCGGAAGUUGCGUCUACUAUUGAAGAUGACAAUCAAGUAACGAUAUAUGAAGAUGAUAAUGGUACGAGUAUCAGUGAUAUAGUUGCAGCUCAAGCAUUACGAGAGUCAUUAAGUAAAUUAGGAAAAGUACCAAUCUUUGAUGCUGAGCAAGAUGUCUGUGAAUCAACGAAAACUCAGAGUGACAAUACCAUUGAAAGUAGUAAGCCAACAGAAGAGACUGAUAUUAAAGAUUCAGUGCAAGAAGAAACUGCUGAAGGUUUUAUUGGGCCAUUGUUGGAUGAAAAUUUUAAAGCAGAUGAAAAACUUGAAAAACAAAAAACUAUGGCUAUGGAGGAUGUUAGAAAUUUACUUAUGAAAGUUAAGGUUCAAACUGUUGAACAUGAUAAAGAUGAAGAAAAGGCUAUUGGUAUGUCUCCUGAUGAACGUUUUCUUAAAUUUGAAGAAGAAAUUGGACGUGGAAGUUUCAAGACUGUUUAUCGAGGUCUUGAUACUCAAACUGGAGUUUCUGUAGCUUGGUGCGAGCUUCAGGAAAAAAAAUUAAAUAAAAGUGAAAGAUUGAGAUUUCGGGAAGAAGCUGAAAUGCUUAAGGGUCUUCAGCAUCCUAAUAUCGUAAGAUUUUAUGAUUAUUGGGAAGUCACUCUAACGAAAAGGAAAUACAUCGUCCUUGUCACAGAACUCAUGACCUCAGGAACAUUAAAAACGUAUUUGAGAAGAUUUAAAAAAAUAAAUCCAAAAGUUGUAAAGUCUUGGUGUCGACAAAUUUUGAAAGGCUUAAGUUUUUUGCAUUCAAGAUCACCGCCAAUAAUUCAUCGCGAUUUAAAAUGUGAUAAUAUUUUUAUUACUGGAACAACUGGAAGUGUUAAAAUUGGUGAUCUUGGUUUAGCGACUUUAAAAAAUCGAAGUUUUGCAAAAAGUGUAAUUGGUACACCGGAAUUUAUGGCACCGGAAAUGUAUGAAGAGCAUUAUGAUGAAUCUGUUGAUGUUUAUGCUUUUGGUAUGUGUAUGCUUGAAAUGGCAACAAGUGAAUAUCCAUAUUCCGAGUGUGCUGGACCAGCACAAAUUUAUAAACGAGUUGUAUCAGGUGUUAAGCCAUUAAGUUAUGAUAAAGUUGAAAAUCCAGAAGUACGUGAAAUAAUAGAAAUGUGUAUACGUUUAAAAAAAGAUGAACGUCCUUUAGUUAAAGAUUUGUUAAAUCAUGAAUUUUUUGCUGAUGAUGUGGGUUUGAAAUUAGAAAUGGUUUCGCGUGACAGUGCGAUAGCUGAUGCUGAGUUAUCUCGCGUUGAAUUUAGACUACGUGUUCUUGAUCCGAAGAAACGUACCAACAAACACAAGGAAAAUGAAGCCAUCCAAUUUGAUUUUGAUAUACAACAGGAUAAUGCUGAAGAGGUUGCAUUAGAAAUGGCUAAAUCUAGUUUAAUUCUUGAAGAAGACGCAAAGGCGGUUACUAAAAUGUUAAAAUCACAAAUUGCUACUUUGCUAAGAGAACGUGAAGAUCGUAAGCAUAAAGAAGAAAAAGAACGAUUAGAUAGAGAAGCUGAGACUCAGUCUGUUAAUGAAAAUUUGUUACAGCAACAACAACAACAGCAAUUAUUAUUACAGCAAGUACAAUUGCAACAACAACAAAUUCAAUCAAAUAUAAAUAUGCUACAAGGACAAGUAUCUAUGCAACAACCAAUGCAGUUGCAACAACAAAUGACAAUCCAACAACAACAACAACAACAGCAGCAACAACAACAACCACCACCACCACAUUUACAACAAAACCAACAAGGUCAACAAACAUGUCUACAACCACAGCAAGUACAGAUUAUUCAGCAGCAGCCGUUGAUGCAACAACAACAAACGUCUGUGGUACAGCCUCAACAAGCUCAACAAAUUUCUCAAGCUACUCAGAAUACUCAACAAUCUGUACAAUAUCAACAACAACCACAGCAACAACAAGCAUAUCAACAAAUGCAACAUGCUCAACAACAACAACAACAACAGCCCCAACAAUUUCAACCUCAAGCUCAAUCACAACCACAACAAUAUUCUCAACAUGUUACGCAAGCUUUAAGUGCUAAUUCUUCACAGUGUUCGACUCCACAGACUAUUCAAGGUCCACCACAAUUUCCAUCAAUUCAACAACACAUGUCACAACCUCAAGGGCAGUCGCAAAUACAACAACAACAACAGCAGCAACAACAACAACCUUCAGUUCAACAGCAACCUACUAUUCAAUCACAAAUACAACAGUCUCAAAUGCAUCAGCAUCCUCAAAUGCAGGCGCAAAUGCAAUCUCAGCCUCAAAUUCAACAUCAGCAAACUCAAAUGCCUCCUCAAAUGCAAUCUCAACCUCAAAUUCAACAGCAGCAACAACAACAACAACAACCGCCUCAAAUUCAAUCUCAGCCUCAAAUUCAGCAACAACAAACGCAAAUGCCGUCUCAGAUGCAAUCUCAACCUCAAAUUCAACAACAGCAAUCGCAAAUGCAGCCGCAAAUGCAAACCCAAUCUCAAAUUCAACAGCAACAAUCGCAAAUGCCACCUCAAAUACAACAAUCAUCUCAAAUUACACAGCAACAGCUUCAGAUGCCAACUCAUAAUCAACCACAACAAAUACAAACUCAAAUUCAAACUCAGCCACAAAUGCAGCAGCAAAUUCAACAGCCUUCACAAAUUAUUCAACAACCGCAACAAUCACAGCAGUACAUUCAGCUCAAUCAGAUGUCUGUUCCAUCACAAAUGCCUCUGUCAACUCAAGUACCAUCUCAAAUGCAAUCUGGAAUACAAAUGAAUCAUCCACAACAACAGCAAGUUAUUCGACAAGGUCAAACACAUAUUCAAUAUACGCAGACUCAAUUGCAACAACAGCUUCAACAAAUUCAUCCAAAUGCUGUUAAUUCAACGCCAAUGCAAAUGCAACAAAAUGUUCAACAAUAUUAUCAACAAGGUAGUACGAAUGCUGCUGCUGCUACUGCUGCUGCAUUUACUAAUGCAACGUUAUAUCAACAAAAUAUUCAACAACAAAUUUAUCAAUCAUAUCCUAAUAAUCCUAGUGCAUCUGGACAUAUUGAAAUUUUACAAUCAGGACACAAUGCUCAAGCUAUUUAUUCAAAUACAAAUGUUCCUUCUAAUGUCGUAAUACCAACAUCACAAACUUUUGUAACAACAUCAGGUCAACCUGGUCAAAUGGUUAUUCAAUCUGCUCAAAAUGUUCAAAAUUCAGCAGUUAUUCAAAAUGUACAACAACAAAAUUUACAACAAUCAGGUACUUGUGGAAAUAUACAAAAUAAUUCAGUAUUGCAAUCACAACAACAAAAUAUGUUAGUGCAAAUGCAAUAUACACAAAAUGUUAAUGCUAUUCCAACUAGUAUAAAUAUUAUGACCGGUAACAAUGUUACAACACAAUCAAAUAAUAUUCAACAUCAAUCACAAUUAAUGAAUCCAACUGAAAUUUAUAGUAAUACUGAAAAAAUUUCUUUAAAUAAACAAGAUACUGUAGAAUCUAUUUUAUCAUUAUCGUCUGAUGGACCAUUAAGCUUACAACAAGAUCAAUUACAGUCUCUUGGUUCAGUUCCUAUAUCAUCAUCAUCAUCACAGUUACCAAGUUCUACUGAUGGUCAUUCUGAAAAUGCAGAAAAUGUAGUAGUACCUGAAAAAAGUCGAGUAAAAAGAUCAGGAACUAAACGUCGAAAACCAGGAAUUAAAUUAACAGUAUUAUCAGUGACUAAUAGUGAUGGCCCAUCAAUGACUGUGGAGUGUCAAUUAGAUACCAGUAAACAAAAAACUGUUAUAUUUAAAUUUGAUCGUAAUGACAUGGUACCAUUGGAUAUUGCAAAUAAUUUAGUUGCGGAAAAUUUAUUACCACAAUCACAGUGUGGAACUUUUGUUGAGUUAAUUGAAGAUAUUGUAAAACAAUUAAGAUUAGAUCCUACACGUAGUCUUCCUCUGGUUGCGCAUGGCCCAGCUGAUCAGUCUGCUGGUGGAAGUCCUGUUACCAGUCGUAGACCAAGAGAUCGAGAACACAGUCUCGAUACGGUUAAGCAGGUCAGGCACGGCUCGCUAACUCGACAAAGCAGCCAUCGAUGUUCCUUUAAAGCUCAUCGUAGGCAUCGUUCGAGAGACGAAACAACAAAUAAUUCCGGGUCAUCAAAAUUAUUACCAAUUGACCAGAUAAUAUCUCACAUUGCCGCGACCUCGACGGAUAAACCCCAACUGAUAAAUAUUGUUAAUUCAAUGGAAAAUCAAAAUAUAACAACAACAACAAAUACAACAGACAAUAGUAUAUCAGAUGAAAUAUCAAGACGAUCUUCAACUUCAACACAAAAUACAGAUACAUUGACACCAGUAAAUAUUCCAAGUGACUCAAACGAUAACUGUGAAACUAUUGUAGCCGACGAUAUGGUAUUAGACUCAAAUAACACAAGUAUUGAAGAAUCAAAUGAAACUACGACUAAAUCAGUAGCUACAAAUUCUAAUUAUUCACAACAAGAUAUCACCAUUAAUUUAAAGUCAGCAGAUGAAGAAGGUGUUAUUGAAAUGUCAGGAUUUAAUCAGCCACACCGAAAAUUAGAAUCUCAAAAUAGUAGUAGUGAAUCUCCUCAGGAAGGAUUACUGGAUCCAUCAAAAAAAACUGUUCCAAUGCGUAAAAUUUCACGUUUCCUAGUAAGUCCUGUUGUUGAACAAAAAUCAUUAUCUAGUGAAUCUGAUACAGUUACCGUUUGUGAAAAUAUAUUAAUGUUACCACAACAAAUGACAGGAUUGAGUUUAGAAAAUAAUAAUACUAAAGUUGAGUCAGAAAUAUUAAAUGAUUCAGAUGCCAAUAGUAAUGCUGAAGCAACAUAUAUGAAACAAAUACCAUUAACUCCUCAACAAUUACAAACACCAAUUCAAACAAUUCAAAAUGUGAAUCAGGUUCAAAUGGGAGUACAACAAAUGAUGGGCCAGAUACAUCCUAAGGCAGUUGUUACUCAGACAAAACAAGAAACAGUUGUUCUUGUACAGACAACAAAUGUUGCUCAGCCAGCAAAUUCACAAUUGUUACAGAAUGUUCAAUUUCAACAAAAUACAGGUGGGGUAGUACAACAACAACAACAAGAAACACAACCCAUGACACAGUAUCAAACACAAGUGACUGUUCAACAGCAUUCAGUAAUUCAACAUCAACAACAGCAACAAGUUGGUAUACAACAACAAAAUUUAGUUCAACAGCAUAUUCAACAAGACCAAAUAUCAGUGGGUCAAGUUCAACAUCAAAUCCCUCAGCAACUUAUUCAACAAGCCCUAUCUCAACCAUCACCAAUUCAAAAUCCACAAUCUCAAACGUCAUCGCAUCCGUAUGUUAUAAUGCAGCCUUUACCUCAGCAGAUUCAACAAAAUAAUGUCGAAGAAUGGCUUUGUAGGGCUUCCAAUGUAUCAUCAGACUCUCAUACAUCGGAAACACCAAAUGUAACACAUCUUACUCACACGCAACCAGAUCAUAAUCAAUCAAUUCCUCUUUCAACUCCUGUACAAAUUCCAGCACAACCUACGGAAGUGACACCUAAAAUUAAAGCUAAAGAAGUGUCUUCAACUCUCCCAGAUCUCGCGCAAAACCUUGCUAAUAUUUUGUCAAAUCCAAAAUCAAAGUCUACCACUCCGCACAAUAUUAUUAGUCAUGAUCAAUCUAAUAUAACGACUAAUCAGCAUACGUCAAUACCGGUUCUGCAUUCGGAACAAUAUUUCCAACCAAUCCAACCGGAAUUGCCACAAGUGCCAAUUACGACGUAUGUCCAAUCACAAAACUUUCAAGGACAACAACCACAGCAUCAACAACAGCAAGGAAUUCAUACGCAAAUUCAAAAUCAAGUAGAUGUACAACAACAACAGACUUAUCAUCCACAAAUUCAAAAUCAAACAGAUGUGCACCAACAACAACAACAUCAGCAGCAGCAGCAACAGCAACAACAACAACAAAAACAACAGGCAUAUCAUCAACAGAUUCAAAAUCAAGCAGAUGUUCAGCAACAACAGCAACAAAUAUAUUUACCACAAAUUCAAAAUCAAGCGGAUGUGCAGCAUCAGCAACAGCAACAGGCAUAUCAUCAACAAAUUCAAAAUCAACCAGAUGUUCAACAACAACAGCAACAGGCGUAUCAUCCACAAAUUCAAAAUCAAACAGACGUGCAGCAACAAGUAUAUCAUCAACAGAUUCAAGCUCAAGUAGAUGUGCAACAACAACAGCAACCUUAUCAUACACAAAUUCAAAAUCAAACAGAUGUACAACAACAACAACAACAACAACAGCAGCAACAACAACAGCAGCAACAACAGCAGCAGCAGCAUCAACAAGCAUAUCAUUCUCAAAUUCAAAGCCAAACGGAUGUACAGCAACAUAUGUAUCACACACAAAUUCAAAAUCAAACAGACGUCCAACAACAAUCUUACCAUUCUCAGAUUCACAAUCAAACAGACAUCCAACAACAAACGUAUCAUUCUCAGAUUCAAAAUCAGACAGACGUCCAGCAACAAACGUAUCAUUCUCAAAUUCAAAAUCAGGCCGACGUCCAACAACAAUCGUAUCAUUCUCAGAUACAAAAUCAACCAGAUUUACAACAACAACAACAACAACAACAGCAGCAGCAGCAGCAGCAGCAGCAGCAGAAACAACAACAACAACAGCAACAACAACAACAACAAGUCUAUCAUUCUCAUCAGCAACAGUCAAUCCAGCAACAACAAUCGGUUGUUCAACAACAAUCGGCUGCUCAACAACAAUCGGUUGUUCAACAACAAUCGGUUGUUCAACAACAAUCAGUUGUUCAACAACAAUCGGUUGUUCAACAACCUAUUCAGCAAGUCAACCAGCAAAUGGAUCUUCAAGGUCAAAUUGUUACUCAAACUAUUCAAGGCCACAGUCAAAAUUUCACUGUUCAAGGUCAAUGGGUUAUGCCACCUUAUUCUGGCCAAAAUGUCAAUCAGCAAUCUACGCCAGUACAGUAUGUUCAACAACCUGUUCAAAGUUUACAACCUAUUACACAGAUACAACCCCAACAAAUACAAUCGCAAGAACAAGUAGAUAAUACAAAAUUUCUGGAUACAGAAAAUAUGGUUGAUGGCAGCGUUAGUAGGCGAACUAGUUCAGAUUAUCAUACAUUGUCAUCUGAACACGACAAUUCCAGUUACGAAAUAACUCCUGAGCAUACGAUGAUAGAACCAACAGAUCUUACCGUUAAUUCUCAUCAUCAAUACAUUCAACAGCAACAUCAUAAGCUUAGUCAGCAAAAUUCAUUGGAUAAAUUAUCUGAGACUGCAAAUAGUAGUGGUGGUACUUGCGGACCACAUACAAUAGCGGAUCUUCAGCAAAAGCUUGUUCAAUUGACAAGUCAACCUUGUGAUACGUUAAAUAUUGGAACACCACCUAUAAGUCAUCCAGCAACACCACAUGGUCCAUCAAGUAUUGUAGGUUAUGAUUCAGCAACUGGUCAUCAUUUACAACAAAAAAUAGUUAACGUACCAGUAUCUUCCGUCCAUUCAGUUGGAUUUAUUUCUCCUCAAGCCACAGUCCAUCCACCAGGAACUAUUUACGUUGAUCCCAAUGCCACUAAUACUUUUGAUAGUCAUUUGGGAGAUCAGACAAUGCAACAAUUUGUACAAUCAAAUACAGAAAGUUCAUUGGAUAGUCCAACUGUUAAUCCAUCAUGUACAAGUACUGAAACAAUGAGUCCAAGUAAAGAAAAUGGUAAAUCUCGAACUCAACGAUCGGGUUCUCGACUUCAGGAAUUAGAACAUGAAUUAUCAAAAAUUCAUCAUCGUGGAUUAGUAUUUCCUACAUCAUCUCCACAACCAUUAACACCACCAAUGCCUACUGGUACUACUCAACAAUCAACAGUAAUGAAUCAACUUCCACCACAUCCAAUUACACAAACUCUUUUGACUCCAGUAAUACCAGUCUCAGGUGUAUCCAAAGGAACAAUUCAGCCGAGUGGUACAAACAAUUCAGGAACUGAUACACCUGUUCAAGUUGAAGCUCAAGAUAUUAAUGAACAGAGAUCAUCAUCAAAUCAACCAAUGAGGAAAAUAUCUCGAUUUAUGGUAUCAAAAGUUGUGGGGCCACCUGGUACGGGUGAAGUUUUAUCUCAGGGUCAAAUAGAACAACAAAAACAAAUACAACAUCAGGAUGAAAAAAGAGAUCGUACGCACACCGUUCAUCACAUAGAAGAAAUUCAGAAUACGUCAAUUCAAAUAAUUCACAGCCGUGAAAAUUCAAUGCCACCAGUUUCAUCUUCUGCAGUUACACCGUCUAUUAAUGAAAUUGAAAAAGAAGAAAGAAUGCAAUUGUUGACUCCAAGUGAAGAAUAUCAAAUGUUAAUUAAAAGGCAAACGUUAGAAUUGGAAACGUUGCAAAAGAAACACAGAGAAGAACUAGAACUUUUUCAACAGCAACAGCUCCAGUUGCUGAUACAACAGCAGCAACAAGCGAGCGCAUUACAUCAACAUCAACAUCAACCUCUUUUAUAUCAUACUGUUGCAUCAACUGUUACAGGAUCAUCACGACCUUUGGCUGUUGAAGAUUACUUAAUGUUCAGUACAGCUCCACAGACAUCUUUCCAUCGUAUUUCCAAUUACUCCCAAGACACAGAGGAAACAUUACGUUUAGCAACGCAGAAAUUGAAACAGUCACCACAACAAUCUACAAAUAUUCCUCAUACUUAUGUUAUACCAAUUCCAAUAAUGCCUUCAACUGAUAAUAUUCAAAAUGUUUCGAACUAUGCAUCAGAAGCGGCUGAAAUAAUUGGAUCAACAAAUGGUCCGACAACUGUUUCAACUCAUCCACAGUAUCAAUUUACGCCAAUACUUUCUGACAACAGCAUUACAUCUGCACCAAGUGGUUCUUUAGUUACCUCAACACCAAUACCAACAGCUAGCGGACCUAGUUAUAUUCACUAUCAUGAUCCAAAGACUUUAGCCAAUUUUCAAGCAUUCAGUUAUACACCUCAUAGUGGAUUUUUCCUUCCUGCCGGCUAUCGUCUCAUUUAUGCACCUACUGGAACACCACAGUCGCAACCAACUACUCCUGCUACGCCUCAUGUUGGUAAUUCACACGAUGGUACCCCACCCGGAGAACCUCAACACGAUAAUACGCAAUCCAGCACUUCCCAAUUAGAACAGUAACAUUUUAUGUGUUAACAAAAAAAAAAACAAAAAGAAAAAAAAAGUUUAAUUAUUGAUCAUCGUGGUUUUGUUAGUGAGUCUUUAUCAAUUUAUGUGUUAUUAUUUAUUUAACUUUUAUUAUAAUAUCUUAUUCUAUAUUGUAAUAAUAAUAAUAAUAAUAAUAUUUUUUAAGUAAACUUUGACUAUUAAGAAAAACUGUUAUACAGCUUUUAUCUGUGAAUAUUUUUUCUGUAAUUCAUUAUUAUUAAUAUUAUUAUUUUAGUAUAUAUAUUAAUAUGUAUUCCUCAACGUGCCAGAAACGCUUGCUGCUUGUUGCGGUAAUAAUGACCGUAUGCGUGCGUUCAAACGAAGAAAUUUUUUUUUUUUUUUAUUUUAGUCAAAGAAAAGUAAUAAAGAAAAAAAAAAGUAUGGAGUAAUUAAAAAAAGAAAAAUUUAUCAGGAUCUAUCGUUUUAUACGAAUCCUGAAUAAUUGCUACGAAAGAAAGCGACUAGAUUCGAAUAAGUUAGUAAUAAUAAUAAUAAAAAUUAUAAAAAAAAUAUAGACAUUAACUUUUCACAAUUUUUUUUUUUUUGUUUGAGCGACAUUUUAAUGCUCCUUAAUGACAUUGUAAAAGGCAUGGGCGAUUUUUGUGCAGGCC